UAUUGUUUUCCUUUCCUGUAAUGAACAAAACAAUUAUACCAUUUAUAUUUUAUACUUUAAUCAAGUACAUAACUAAGAAAUAAAUAAUUUAUUAACAAGCGAAGGCGAAAUUACACUAUUACUAAUAUCAAAUCUGACUUUAAAAUACAGUUUAAAAUGUCGAAACAAAAUCUCUUAUUUCACCCAAUUAUUAGUUCAAUACAACGAAUUGCUUUAUAUGAAACCAAAGCGAGAUUCUAUCUAAUAGGAUCUAACAACACACAGACUAGGUUCCGUGUGUUAAAAAUAGAUAGAACAGACUCCAAAGAACUGAUAUUAGUUGAUGAUAAAGUAGAAUACAAUAAACAAGAAAUUCAUCAACUGUUGAACAUGAUUGGAUUUGGCAACAGGAGUGGCCGAUCACCAGGUUUUAAUAAACUUGUGUCAGCAUUUGGAAUUGUUGGAUUUAUAAGAUUUUUAGAAGGCUACUACAUAAUACUAGUGACAAAGAGGCGCAAGAUAGCUGUGAUUGGUUCACAUUCCAUUUACAAGAUAGAAGACACAGCAAUGAUUUAUAUUCCAAACGAUACUAGUAAGCCUCUGCAUCCAGACGAGCAGAGAUAUGUGAAAAUGUUCCUUGCCAUUGACCUAUCGACAAACUUUUAUUAUAGUUAUAGCUAUGACGUCACACAUACACUACAAAUGAACAUGGCUCCGCCUAGGAAACUGGCACCAGCAUUGUUCCCAAAGCCAGUGACAGCAGCUGUAUACCAUUCAAAUCUAAAUUCAGAUAAAGAAGACUGUAUUUGUAAUAAACAGGAUGAUGAGGAUAUUUUUGAAACUUGGAAAACACAGUUGCAAGAGAGGCAUGAUAAAACUGGCGAACAAGGUCCCAAACUAGAAUUUGGAGUGCGGAGUGUGCCAGAGUGGAGAUUUGUGUGGAAUAGUCACCUUCUGUCUGUGGUGCAUUCCCAGUUACAUCCAGACUGGAUACUUUACAUCAUACAUGGAUUCAUAGAACAGAGCAACUUGAAUAUCUUUGGACGGCCUAUAUAUUUAACCCUCAUAGCACGAAGAAGCAACAGGUAUGCGGGCACCAGAUUCCUGAAGAGAGGGGCCAACAUGCAUGGUGAUGUUGCCAAUGAGGUGGAAACGGAACAGAUUGUACAUGACGCAAUGAUAUCUUCAUUUUCCGCUGGCAGAUUCAGUGCAUUUGUUCAAAUGCGUGGGUCAAUACCCAGCUUCUGGUCUCAGGAUAUAUCAAAAAUGGUCCCAAAACCGGCGAUUAUGAUAGACCGGAGUGAUCCAUUCGCUGAAAUACCAGCAAAACACUUCAACAACCUCAUGAAGAGGUACGGCUCACCAAUAAUGAUACUGAAUUUAGUGAAGAAGAGAGAGAAAAGGAAGCACGAAUCUCUUUUGACUGAGGUGAUAAGCAAUGCUGUGAAGUAUCUCAAUCAGUUCCUGCCGCCUGAAAACGCUAUUCAGUACUUCCAUUUGGACAUGGCGAGGAUGAACAAAGGCGCGGAUGCUAAAGUUCUCGACAAAUUAUCCGCAAUAGCCCGCACCGUGGUUCGUCGCACGGGCAUAUUCCUCAGCGGCAAGGGCUAUGGAGAGGCGAUGGGCGCGGCGGGACACCAGGGCGGGCGCCUGCAGACGGGACUAGCUCGAGUCAACUGUGUGGACUGUCUGGACCGGACCAAUACUGCGCAGUUCGCUAUCGGCAAGUGCGUUUUGGCGCAUCAGCUGUACGCGUUAGGUCUAAUCGAACAGCCAGUGAUCGAGUUUGAUUCAGUUUGCGUUCGACUCUUGGAGGGUUUGUACGAAGAUCACGGAGAUACCCUCGCGUUGCAGUACGGUGGAUCUCAACUUGUUCAUAGAAUCAAGACAUACCGUAAAACUGCGCCAUGGUCCUCCCACGGUAACGACAUCAUGCAAACGUUGAGUCGUUACUACUCCAAUACGUUCUCCGACGCUGAGAAACAGAACACCAUGAACCUCUUCCUCGGCCUCUUCGUCCCGGACCCCGGGAGGCCCGCCAUUUGGGAGUACCCCACGGAUUACUACCUGCACCAUCCGGAGACUAUGGUUUAUAUACCCAACACUAGAUCUCUCACAAAAUGGUGGGACGACGAAGUGUUAAAGUUCCUCCCGCGGCCAACCAACGAGAUGAAGAAGCUGUGCUGCGAAAUAAUUGGCAUGCAGGGAGACAGCAGCGCGCUGGAGAUGAUCGACCCUUACCACGAGUACAACCGCCCCUUUGAGUACACCGUCUUCAUGGAGUGCUUCGAAUUUAAGAUGUUCCACACACUACGAGACCUGGCGCCCAGCUUCCCGGACAGCUUGAGUCCGUUCGUGGUGCGCGGGCGGCCAGGGGUCGCGAAAGGCCCCAACUCCAAAAACCCGGUCAUAAGUGGCAGAUGCAGCACUACGUCCAAUAACUCCAGCGAUUCGAACAGCGACUCGACUUCGGAUGACGAUCUGACGAGUUGGACGGCCAGCUCGCGGCAGCCGGCGGUGUCGCCUCUCACGCUGGUGGCCCGGCUGCUGGAGGCCGAGGAGUUGGACGAGGCGCCCUCGUUCCCGGCCAUCAAGCGGUACAACAGCAUCAAAGUGGACGAGCCGUCUAAACGGGAUAUGUUGUUGUACAGGCGUUACGUCAACUUUGAACGUCGCUCCAACCCAGCAUACAAGCCCGACAUACACAUAGUGAUGACCGUGAGCAGCGCCUUCACCAUCGACAGCUCUGUGGAUGUCAUCCCACCGACCGUCAGCAAGGCUUCCAAAGAGAUAUACCACGAGUAUGUGCAACGCAAAACCGGAAAUGUUACCGUGCCGCCAGAAUCAGUUGCUCUUUACAAUGCAUAUGUUAAUUUUAGUCUGUAACAAGGCUGUAACUAACAUUUUUGUGUCAGGGUUCCCAACUUAGGGGUUUCCCCCCCAGAUUUAGGGGGCAAAUAAGUAAAAUGGGUUUUUUUAAGGGGUCUGAAAUUUUUAGAAGAAUUUUCAGGGAUUUUUUGACUCUUUAAUAUUUUUCAAUUCAUGAUAAUUUUAAUAUUUCUUUCUUGACCUAGCGACUUAUAACGAUAUAUAAUACGUUAUUCUACAACCACUCUGAGGCAACUGGCGGCAAUUUUCAUCAAAUAUAAAAAAUUGUUAAAUUUAUUCACUGUCAACAUGUAUGAUUUCAAAAAAUCUGAAUCUUCAGAUAAAGACGUAAUAUUUUGUCUGUAUUAAAUAUAGACUUUUGAGACAUAUCACAGCAUAUUAUUUCUAAAUCAUUAUGAAUUUAUAUUUUUAGGGGGACAACUCAAUAAUUAAGGCGAUUUUAGAGGUUUUUGACACAAACUUUAGGGAUAAAUAUUUUGGAGAGUUGGUAACACUGUUUUGUGUGGAAGCUGAAGAAGCAUAAUCGUUCCACCGCCAUUUUGAUUUUUCCUAAAUCGUGGCGUACUAUAAAAGCAAUGAUGUUAAAUACUAUUAGAUGUGUCACUAGGUCAUGAAAAAAGAGGCGCUCAGAAGAGGAAAUUUCCACAUCUCAGUGUUAGUCGUGGUCAACAACGAAUGUUAUUUGAACAAAUGAUACCUAAAUAUCGUCUGCGAUGUCUAGUUGUGUGUUCAGGAAGUGUAAAAACUAUAACUGUAUAAAUAAAUAAUGGAAUUAAAGACAAGAUUGUGUGCGCUUAGUUCUGUAGCCUAUUAUUCAGAUCACUUUUUGCAGUGAUUUUGUAGGGACGUAACCGAAGUAUAAAAUCAUCAUAGGUUCUAACAUUUUUGUGUGGAAGCUGAAGAAGCAUAAUCGCUCCGCCGCUCUUUUGAUUUUUUUCUAAAUAGGGGCGAACGAUAAAAUUAUAAUGGGUAGAGGACAUAGACGAAACAUGGCGGCAGGUCGACUAUGGCUACGUUCCACUUGGCGAUCCUAACGAUCACGUUUACGUGAUUUUCCCGUUCCACUAGCUUCGAGCAUUGCAAUCAUAAAAUCAAGUAAAAUGGAUUAUGGAGCAAUUUGAGCUUUGAUGUAAAUAAUACAAAAUGGAGAGUUAAGAAAGUUAAUUUUUGACUCAAUGGCAAUUGUGCCACUUGUAGUAGUUGAGAAUAGAUAAUAACAUGUCUGCCACUGUAGCAUAACUAGUUCAAGAAUUACAUUGUGUAAAUAUAUAUAAAUAUUAGUAUUAGCUACUUGAUAUUUUAAAUGUAUAUUUGUUCUUAAUUUAUUGUUGUUCAAUAAAAUCGCAGAUUCAUUUUAA